AUCUCACAGCAGGGAGAGAGGAGAGGGACCACUGCCUACGGCUCACUCUGCCUCCUAGCUCCGCACUGGCUCCACAUCCACCACUAAGAAGCAGAUCCCUGGACCCAUCCAGUCCCACUGGAGGCAGAGAGCAGCAGGAGCCUGGUAUGAGGCAAACGGGUUGUCCAGUCGUCCGGGUGUGACUGAACGCCCUCCAGUGGAGCUGCUCCGUGCCACGCCGACUGUUAAUAAACACAUCAUCGAGACGUCUAUGGUGCAACACUGAGAGGAGACCAUGUGGUGUUUGGAGCUGCUCAUACCACUGCUGCUCAUCAUCAGAGAUGCCAGUUGCCAGUGGAAUGUCUGGUUACCCCGGGACAUCUCAGCCAUGACUAACUCCUGUGUAGUGAUCCCCUGCACCUUCAUGUACCCAGCGGGCAUCAGGCCGUACCGAGGCAUCCAUGGCAUCUGGUACUUCGCCCAGCCCUACCCUCAGCUCUUCCCUCCCGUAGUCUUUAAAUCUCGCACGGGACGUUGUGCACGAGAGCUACAAAGGCGCACCAAACUGCUGGGUGACCUGCACCAGAGGAACUGCACUCUGCUCAUCAACAAUGUGGGUUCGGAGCACUCAGGGAGAUACUACUUCCGUGCAGACCUCGGAGGAGCUAACAUGUACUCAUAUCCAGACUUUUCUGAGCUCAAAGUUUUGGACCAACCCAACAUCGACGUCCCAGAGGAGAUAGUUAGUGAUGAGAAUCUGGAGCUGACGUGUUACGCUCCGGACAACUGCCCCGACAUGACCCCUGAGAUCGAGUGGCUGUACACAGACUACCUGCCUGACCCCGUCUUCAGCCCAGAGUACCUGGAAGAGGGCAACUCGGCCGUACUGUCCAACACACUGACCUUCACCCGACCCAUGCACAACGGCCAGCUGCUGGGCUGCAGGGUCACCUACCCCAACACCACCCUGGUCUACGAAAGGCUCAUCUCUCUGGAUGUCAAGUAUGCCCCACGCUCGGUGUGGGUGAACGUGUCCUCGGAGGUGAUGGAAGGCAGCUCUGUGGCGCUGCACUGUGAGGUGGACAGUAACCCCGCCCCUCGGAUCUCCUGGCUCUUCGGGGACAAGGAGCUGCUCUGGGACACAGCGUCCAACCUGUCCCUGUCUUUGGAGGACGUUACCCCUGCGGAGGAGGGGAUCUACACCUGUGUGGGAGACAACGGCUAUGGCAUUAUGAACACCUCCCUCUACCUGGCUGUCAAAUAUCCUCCUCGAGAGCCUGUGGUGAAUGAGUCCAUGACAGUGGUAGAGGGCACCUCUCUGUCCCUGCACUGCAGCACGCAGGGCAGCCCGGCUCCCACCCUCACCUGGCUGAAGGACGGGGAGCUGGUGGGCACCAUCACAGCAGACGAGCUGUCAGUGCUGGAGCUGAAGGACAUCAGCCCCCAGGCCGACGGACACUACCGCUGCCUGGCUGAGAACGAACACGGCCGGGCCAGCUCCUCCCUCAACAUCACAGUCGAGUAUUCCCCAGUCCUUCUAGAUGAGUCCAAGUGCACAGUGGUGAGGGAGGGGGUGCAGUGCGUGUGCAUAGCCACAGGGAACCCUGAGCCCAUCAUCGAGUUCUACCUGCCCGACCUCAACAUCACCAUCAAUGAGACAGACAACCGCUACAACUACUACACGCACACAGACGGACAGACCUCCACGGCCAUGAUCAAGCUGAGGGAGAAGGGGGAGAGGAGCGAAAACAACGGCCCCGCAGUCAACGUGCACUGCAGCUUCUCCAAUGCUUAUGGACGAGAGAGCAUCCUCCUGGAGCUGCAGCAGGAGAAGAAGUACCUUAUGGCUGUUAUAGUGGGAACCAUUGGAGGUGUGGCGGUCAUAGCCUUCAUUAUUGCAGCAGUGCGAUAUGUCGGUCACAACAACAAGAAAGAGAAUGACAGCCCUAGACAGGACGUGAUCCUGGAGAACCCCGCUCUGUACUACAGCGCAGUCAAGAAGGACAAACACAAUCUGAGGAAGAAAGUGCUUAAGACAGAGCUGUUGGGCUCAAAGUUUAACUCCAUUCUAGAGGAGACUACGGGAGAAGACAGCGAUUUCCAACCUGUGGGCCCUGUGGGAGCAAUGGAGAGGCAAGAGCUGAACUACGCCUCCCUGGAGUUUGACAGGGGUCGUUCCAGGGGAGAGGGAGGGGCUUCGGGCCGGGGCGAUGACGGCAGCACGUACACAGAAAUAAGAACCAAAUGACUGGCCCUCCUCCCCUGAUCCCUCAGCCAAUCCAGACGCAGCCACAAGCCCCAUAGCACACGGCCAUGAUGGGUGCUGCCUGUCCAUCUCUCCUCUGGACUCACCCUCACAAGCCACAAUGUUAACACCACAACUCCUUUUUUUAAGUUGAAGGACAAUGUAAAAAGAUUUAAUAUUUUCCAGUCAAGUCUUACUCUGUAGGGAUCUCACGGGUUGCGUUCAAUGUUCUAGGAUUUGAUGAUGUCAUAAUUUCAGAUGGGACGGCCUGUAUAACUCUAUGGAAGAAUUACUGUUUUUGAAAGACAUAUUGAAACUUGUGGACAAACAGAUGUUGAACCUUAUUGUUAUUUGCAAUUCUCCAUAAAUAUACCAAAACAUGAUACAAAACUGUACGCAACAACUUGUUAAAUCUGACACGAUGUGCUGUAGCUUCAUUAGUGGGAUGCAUGUUGCUUGUGUUGUGAUAGCACUCUGAAGGGGGAGUGACUUUGCGCGGGGAGCAAAGGGAGGGGAGACGAAAGUGAAACUUGAAAUGUGUUAAUACUUUGUUUUUGGCAAAUAUAAAUAUGGCAGGUUUGUGGAACUAUAUCAAAAACAGUGAAUCUGCCAUACAGUUACAACGGCCCCUGCCCUUCAUCUGAAAUUAUGACAUCAUCACUAUGAGAAUAGUUAAACUUACAACCCUGAUUAUGUUGUUUUGUGAUAUUUUUAAAUGUGGGAAUUGGGAAAGACAAGAGGAUUUAAAAAAUAUCCCCAAAGUCCUCAGUUGUAGUCCGUCCUUUCAGUGUGUGUGUGUUGGCUGUUCGUUUGUCAUCCGUGUCUGUGUCUGCUGCAGCUGAUGGGUCAGGGCAGGGAGGAAUGCUUAAGGUCUCUUCUGUCUGCGGCACCAACAAAACAGCUCUUACUUGUGCAUAUUUAAAUGUGCUGUGACUUUCAUAAUAAACACGACUAACUGUUUGGUAAAUCCAAUUAAAGCACAGCCUGGAACAUUCAAAGAUGUAUUUGACUUUUAUUCCCAGGGAAAAUUGCAAUUGGUUUUGGCAGGGCUAACACAGGCUAGUAUAGUAUUCAUGAUGCUCAUAUAGCACAUCGGAGUGAUACUUUGCAGUGACAUCAUGCUGAGGGGGGUACCGCAUCUAUGUAUGUAUAAGGAAUGUUCAGCAGUUACUAUGGUGACACAUUACACACAUUAGCAAACAGUAAUGUUAAGAUGAAGUCUGAAAACCUCCAGAAAAAAGACAAAAUGCAUUUAAACAACACAUCUUUAGUAGCCUGUGAUAAAUUCCCAGUUCAUUUGAGAGAGACAUGUUUAACAGAACAAGUCAGCUGAUCUGUUGUAGUCACUUCUUUCUGGUCCGGUUGUGUUAAAACAAAGCUCAGACUAAAGUCUAACUUGAGUAACAGAGCUUCAAACAGAGCAGUGCCUCCAGUUAGCUUCACCCCCACCCCCCAGGGAAUGUUGAUGACAUCAGCUGCAAAGUAUCAGUGGUUUGUUGAUGAAGUUGUAUGAAAUAACUUAAUGCAAUGUUAUUUAUUUUAUAUGUUAUUUAUUUGUUAUUACAUGGAUAUUAAACUGUAUCUGUAGCACUACUAUCUAUCCCAUAUUCCAAAUGAACCAGUAAUCAGGAACAAUGCCUUUAAGAGUUACAUUAUCAAUAUAUAUUAUAGGUUAUAAAAGCCAAUAGAAUACUCACAACAUCUGUAGCGUUUGAGUUCAGAUAAAAAGCACAUAUAUGUAGAAUGAGCAGGUCUUAGAGAAAUGCCAUAGGCAAUAUUAAGUGUACAUGGAGGUCACCAAGGUUGCAUCAGCCUUACUGUAAUAGCACACUUCACUAAUCGUCUAACUAAAUAACAAAGUGACAAUAAUGCGUAUUAAUAAAAUGUAUAUUCAUAAAGAAAAGGUGUACAGUAAAUACCCUGCACAGCAGACUGUUGCAAUAUGACCACUUCAGUUUGAACCUUCAUUCGCUCAAAUGUUCUCGUCUGGACAAGUUUUCAGUUUUGGUUAAAGUGUCACAUGUUUUGCCCUAAUCUUGUCACAGUGUGUGGUAAAGCAGACUUGUAUGUCCUCUACUUUGUGAUGAUCAUACUUAUUGUUAUACAAGCUUUUUGUACCAUAUGAUUGACCAGAGACACUUUUCUCAUGUUGUAGUUUGCUUGCUCUUUUCUUUUAAAAUGCAAUUCAUGCCACAAACCCAUCUUCACUUUACUGCAAUUGAAAAUAAAAUCAACUCUAUACAACACUGAA